UCGCGUCCGUAACGCUGUCGUGAGCGGAUGUGUGUCAUUUUAAGUCGAGGGCAAUGGCCUCCAGUGUUGUAAAAUGUAAAAGUUGUAAUAUAGUGAUAUGUGAGCUGUUAGCAUUUAUACAAAACAAGGUAGAUGUGAUGGACGAAGAAAGCCUGGUGAGAUUGUGUACAUCAUCAUUCUCGGCUGGUGACAUCGAAGCAGCAAAGAACUUAUUAUUUGACUCGAUUACGACAACACAAAGAAAUGUGACAAGAAAACGAAGUGGCAAAUCCCAACGAGAUCUCUACGAUGUCAUAUCUGUUUUCAAACAGACUGAUCCCGAGUUCGUACCCAUAUUUGUAGCAAAAGAUUUGCAAAAACUUCCACCGGUUACUUUUGACCACAUAGAUGCGACGAGAUUAUUAAAGGACAUUUUAAUUCUGCAGAACGAGCUUAGAAACAUUAAGAAUUCAUACGUAACGGAAACACAGUUCAAGGAGCUACAAUGUGAAAUAAAGAAUCUAAAGCAAGCAUCAAUCGUUAAUAAUUUUGAUUUUAACGUUAAUCGAAAAAGAGGAGGUGUUUACUUAUUAGAUAGUGAAUGCUUAGAUAGUGGACACAUGGGACUACCUCCAAUUUCAAAUAAAUCUCCAAAUUCGGCGCCAGCGGCUGAGAGUUUCGAAUUUGAAUCGAGUGCGCCUGCGCGCAUAGUAUCGCCGUCUCCCUCACCAUCUAGGGAGCGAGUGAAACAACAAAACCCGAUCAUUGACGCAACAGACCGAGUGCAGCGAUCGGAUUCACUCGUUGUGACAGCUGGAACAGAACAAGUCGACACUAGGAGAGUGAGCGAGAUGAAAGAUAAACAAAACGAAAUUGGAUUGUCUACUAUGUCAACGCAAUCCGCGUCAAGGUCGUGCGCAGAGGUUGUUAAAGUAAACAAAACUUCGUGCAAUAAAUGUGAUAUGCCUACUCAGGAAGACCAAUGGCUCCUAGUGCAGAAAAAACGAUUAAGAAACCGCUUUAUAGGUGCAAAAGGAAAAGCAACGACAUUACCAGAUGUGAAGUUUAAAGCUGCCGACCUCAAAAUUCCGCUUUUCGUAAACAAAGUUCAUAAGGAGACUAGCGAGGGUGAUAUAAUUGAGUACAUAAAGCAAAAAACAAAUGUGUCUGUUUUAAUUAAAAAGAUAAACAUGAAGGUUGAUAAGCACUAUGACUCGUAUAAAAUAUUUGUACCAGAAAAUAAAUUAGGAUUAUUUUUGGACGAUACGACGUGGCCGGAAGGCAUUCAAUUUCGUAGAUUUGUUUACUUAAAUAGAAGUAAUUAUUAUUCUAAGAGUAAUUAUAAGAAAAGUGAUGAGGUGACACAGAAUGACAAGACCAGGCAUAACCAAGUUGUUUAAUGGAUUCAAGUGGAAAAAAUAAGCUGAAAUUCAUAAGUUUCAACUGUAAAUCUGUGACUCGGUCGGUGGACGGCAUCAGGGAUUUGUGUCAAAACGCGGAUGUAGUGGCACUGCAAGAAACCUGGUUGAUGCCACAUGAUAUUCCGUUCCUGGGCAGUAUUCACGAAGAUUUUGAAUACACGGGAAAGUCUGCAGUGGAUACUAGUGCGGGUAUUGUGCGAGGUAGGCCGUAUGGUGGUGUCGCUAUUCUCUGGCGUAAAAGCUUAUGUUCAUCUGUGUCAGUGAUUCAGUGUAAAAGCGAUCGUCUAGCGGCCAUAAAAUUAGUGUUACCUGAGCAUUCGCUUCUAGUGUUUUCGGUAUAUAUGCCUACGGACUCGGCUGAAAAUCUUAUUGAGUAUACCGAAUGCCUAGGUGAGAUUGCUGCUAUUGUGGAGGAUGGCUGGUGUAUAGUGCAUCCAACCUAAUGGAAGCAUCUUCGACAAGUCUUAUGAUUGGCUGUCCCGAAAGCACCAGUGGUUACGCCUCACUGAUGCGUGGGGUUCGUGCGAGUACCAACAAUAUCCUGAUGGUUAUAGCAAAUAAGCCUGAAUGUGCUGUUUUGAGACACUGGGUUCAUAUACAUGCCCGUGUGCUGGGUGUCUCAAAUCAACGUAGACUAAUGAACUAAAUGUUUUUAAUAAUUUUACUAACAUAGUUAUAAGUCUUAUAAGUUUUACUAUACUAACAACAUAUGGACUAGUUGAUUGGUCUGAAAUAAAUGA